AUGGCCGAUUUCAAAGCUCAAUACAAAGAAUUGUUGGACCAAAAGGUCGAACAACAAGCCAAAGUCUUCCUCACUCAAUUUGUGUUAGAAUUCCAAGGCAAGUUUGAUGAAGUCUUAGACACUGCUUCAUCCUUCAAAGGAUAUACCACCACUGACUUCGACACGUUAGAAGAAGACACUAUGCAUGUCUUCAUGGAGAAGCGUGGGGAGACCACUACCAUUGCUCAGCUCAGAGAAAAAUUGAAAGCAAAUGGCAUUGAGACCAGACAUAGAUUUUCGUUCAUUGAUUACAUGAUGUUCCAAUACAACAAGACCUUAAAAGACCUUUUUGAGAAGAAGGCGGGUAAUGCAACUCCGGAGUUAUUGAAAGCAUUGGACGAAGCUUUAACUGAGUUCCAGAAGGUAAUGGACAUCAAAAACGCGCGUAACGCAAAGAUGAAAAAGCUUGAAGGUGAAGCAGCAAAGGGUGGAGUCAAGGGAAUGACAGCACAAAAUGAACUUGCGCAAAUGAAGAGUGAAGACCAACUCGCUUUGAACAAGAUGGAGGUGACUGCGGCCGCCAAGAAAAGAAAAGCUCAACGUGCUGUUGAUAAAGGCGAUGAUUCCAAAGCACGAGAGAAGGCUCUUAAAGAGGAGAAUGCUCGUCUUGAAGCUGAAAAGAAGAAGAAAGAAGAAGAGGAAAGAAAAAAGAAAGAGGAGUCUCGUAAAAGAUUGAAAGAGAGAGCCGCCAUGUUCAACGCCGCCGAAUAA